CCAGUCGUCGCUCCGGCGCCCAAGCGCCACCUCUCGCCUCACGCGGGCUCGCGGGCCAUGCGGGAGAUGUACAAAAAAGGCUUGAUGGGCGGGGCGAAUGUUCCGCCGCCACCGCCGCCGCCGCCCACCAAGAGCCCGAGCAAGCGGCGAAGUCCCAGUCCUUCGAGUAGUUCUUCCAGCAGCAAGCGGCGGAAGAAGCACAAGAAGGACAAGAGGAGCAGCUCCUCCUCCAGUUCCUCCAGAUCAAGAAGCAGCGUGCGAUCUUUGAAAGGGGAGGAAGACGCGGAGGCCAAGACAAAUCCGGAGAUUGAGAAAGCCAAGGCUGAGGCUCUGGAGACGCUGAUGAAGUUGAAGGCGGAGCCCAAGGAGCAGCGCCUCAAGGAGUUCCGGGUGCUCCUGCGCAAGUGGCACCCCGACAAGAACCCGGAGCAGCAGGAGGUGGCGACGGCGGUGUUCCAAUUCCUGCAAAAAGGUAAGCUUCUCAUCGAGUCCGGCUGAGCGUUCGACUGCGCUUUCCCUUUUGGCCGGAGAGUGCUGUGCCCAUCGAGCACGGCUGGAUGGUAAGUUCAUUUCGCU